AGGUGUGCUCAGUGUUUGAGUUUUCGUGCUUCAGACCCGUUCGCUCGGUUCUGUCCUCAGUGUGGCGCUGUGGUUCCUCCAUUACCAGAACCAAGACUGCCCCCUGCUGAGGAAGGACAGAUGAUUCUCUGUGUGUUCUGUAACACCGAGGUUCCUGUCAACACUCACACCUGUUUGAUUUGUGAAGCUUCAGUCCAACAACAACUACAACCACAGGCCAGACUCACACUGCAGGAUCAUAGGGUGUGUGUUUGCUGUGGAAGUGGGAAUCCAGCUCAUAUCUCCACCUGCCUGACCUGUGAGAGCUGCCUGCAGCCGGAGGUGUGUGUUGGUAACAGCGCCCCCUCUGUCCCUUCUAAAGACAGCAGGAUGUUGACCUGCUCCAGAUGUAAACGUUUAAACCACUGUGAUGCCAGAUACUGCGACUGGUGCGGCUCCAAGUCGGGUCAUGCAGCCAGCUGUGUGAUGUGUUGGCGAUGUGGAGCGAGUUCACACCCAAACGCCUUCUACUGUGCAACCUGUGGCGUACACCUGGAUGCACCAGCCCCGCCCACAACCUGCAGUGACAUCACACGUGCUGCUGCUCCCCACCAGGCUUCAGCCUCGGCCUCCCAUGAUGCCACCUGCUCACCUCCCAGUGUGAAGUUAGCCCCGCCCUCUGUGGAUCAGUCCACUCAGACUGUUGGACUCUAUUACCCAUCAGCCACUGAGCUCCAAAGGAAGGACCAGCAGAGGGAGCUACAGCUCAGCAGACAGUCAAGCAGAGACCGCCAACCACCUGUGACCGCCAUCAGCCCGGGCAGAGGUUACUGGAGGAAGCAGGUGGAUCAUGUGUGUGCUCACCUGAGGAGUUAUGCUCAAAACAACGCCCCCUUCAGGACUGUGCUGGGAGAGCCUCGCCUGGGCCGGAUGGUUUCUGCUGUGGUUCAAGAAGAUGGUUACGAAGUCAGUUUGACCAUCAGCUUUGUUUCAGCCGCACAGGAAGUAAAACAGGGGGAUCCUUCCGGCGAUGAUGCACCUCCGGCAGGUGGCGUUUUACCAGCAGGUGGGACUGAGACUCUGAGCAGCGUUACAGAGCGAUUCAGCAGCAGCCUCAGCACAAACGGAAGUGAUAAAACCACAGGUCUGGUGAAACCCCCCAAACCAACCCUGACACUUAAACCUCCG